AUGAAGUUCCAAUCCAUUAUUUUAUGUUUGACUGUCGUUUUGACUUCCGUAAUUUAUGCUCAAGCGGGAGUACUCAAGCGGGGAUUAUGCACUAUUCAUUACGCGGGUAAUACUAAACAUGAAACUGGUAAUACGAGUGGCUGUUAUGGUAUUGACGAAAGCGAUCCUGUAAAGACCGUGUCGGUCACUACGGCUGGUAGUUCCUAUAUUUUCUAUUCUGACUACGGUUGCAAAGGAGCUGAAGUCUUUCGUGGCAAAGACAGCACCACACAAAACCCUCCUAAAAAAGCUAAAUCAGUCUUAUUAACAUGUAGUUAA